AUGGGCAGGCCAAGAGGAGGGAAGGCUAAACGGCCGCCGUCGUCCCAAGCUACCAAGAGCGAAGAUGCCGAUGCCGGCAGCGGCGGCGAAGAAGAGGAGGCCGUGAUGCCAGCCUACAAGAGGAGGGGGCGGCGGCCGCAGAAGCACCACAAGGCUGAUGACACCGACGACGACGACGAGGAGGACGCUGCUGCUGCCAAGGCCGAGCCCAUGGAGCCGGACGCGAAACCGGUCAUGGCCUCGCCGGAUGAGAACGGAGGAGGGAAGAAGAGGCGGCGGCGGCGGCGGCAGCCGAAGCGCGGCGGCGACUCGGCGGCCGAGGAGAAGGACGAGGCCGUGAAGCUGAAGCAGAGCGGCGGAUUCCGGCAUCAUGGGAGCCGCCGGAAGAGCACCCCGCGCCGAGCUGCCGAGGCAGGAGUGGAGUGCAAGUGA